CGCAGGUGAAGGUCACCCUGAGGAUUGACUUCUCAAAGACUGAUCUUGCCUGAGAGUGAAGCCAGGAGGAAGAGGAGAAAAGGAAGAGGCAUCUGUAAUGGCUUUUUCCCAGUUUUGCCAUCCUGCUAGGCUUAAAAUGAGCCAUUCCAGAGGCAAGAAAGGGAGACCUCAUGGCUGUCAAGAAGGAAGAGCCAGGAGUGGAGCGUGUUCUUUGGACCCAGGAUCCCUGUACUGAGAACUUCCUAGAUCCAGGAAAUAGAGGAGCUGUAACGUGGAGACAGCUGAAGACAAACAGCACAAGAUGGCUGCAGUGGGGGUUGCCAGCCCACAGAGCUGAGAGGUAUAACACUUGCCCAAGAUGGCCCUCAGCAGAGCCUGGCAGAGGGCGAGAAGAAGCUGACCUUAUCAAGGAACUGUGCCCUAAGUUGUUCCUGUUACUUCCAAACUGGUCCCGAUCCUGAGUUCCACCCUAUUACUUCCCUAAUAAACCGCUUAACUGUUAUUACAGUUCGUGAGUUCUGUGAGAUAUUGCAGUGAAUUAUGGAACCCAAAGAUGGGAGGGAGGGUAUUGAGGGGAGGAGGGGCAGUAGAUGGUAGAGAUGGUGGAAUGGUACAGCAGUUUGGAACAGUUGGACUUUUGGGACGCCUCUAACCUCUGCCUCAUAGAAACCUGCUUUGUGCCGAUCCUUAUAAAUUAUUCAUUUAUUUUGUCAGCUGUCCGUGGACCAGCAUUAAAGAAGCCCUACAUUUAUGUGCUAUAUUAAUCUACAGGAACAGCUGAAAAUUCUGGAAGAGAAGACUUAUAAUGGGAAACCUGCUUUACCUGAUUUUAUAAUACAUCCAAAUCUAAACAAAUGAAUCAGUGUGUCUCCUGCCCCAAAAUAUUAUUAAUUUGGAAUAUAAUGGGAAGUUCAAAAACAGACAUCAGUCAUAGAGGGUGUUUAAUCCAUAAUUGGUUUUAAAAUAUUAAGUGAACCUAACUGUCUAAAAGUAGGAGCUUCUUUAAAUCCUUGAUAGCACAUCUAUCGCACAGAGACUGGUGUUUGUGCAGGGACAUUGUCGGUAAAAAUGUUUUUAAUUUAGCCGAGACCUAGGAACAGAACUUUCUUUGUCAUCAGAGAGGGCGGAACCAUAUUCUGGUUCCACCAUUGUUAAAUAUUUUAAGCAUCGCAUGAAAGAUAUAUUUAUUUUAUCAUAAAACUCCAUAUAGUAGGGACUGAGAAGUAAAACACUCUUCCCUGUCAUAUGCACCACCAUCACUCACCACCUCCAUCCAGAACCGCUGAUGUCAGUUAUGCAUCAAUAGUGUAAGUCUUGUUAAAUGCGUUUGUACGUUGUAUAAUUUUAGGGGGAAAAAAAAACUAUAGUGAAUGUUUUGUUGUGAUAUUUUGUUCUGCAGUUUUUUUUAAAUGUUCACACCUUGUGCCUUGGAGUUGCUUUCACAUGAAUAAACUAGCUUGCUCUUUUACUUUUAGGUCCUCAGUAGAGCAUUCUCUUAAUGAAGACACAUGGGACCUAUCUUAGUUGUCUAGUGCUGCUAUACCAGAAAUACCACCACCAAGUGGGUGGCUUUAAUGAACAGAAAUUUAUUUUUCACAGUUUAGGAGGCUGGAAGUCCAAAUUCAGGGCACCAGCUCUAGGAGAAGGCUUCCUUCCUCUCUCUAUUGGCUCUGAAGGAAGGUCCUUGUCUCUUCUCAGCUUCUGUUCCUUCGUGAUCUUCAUGUGGCCUGGCAUCUGUCUCCCCUCAUCUGUGCUCACUUGCAGCUUGCUUAUUCUGCUCUUUUAUAGCUCAAAAGAGAUUGAUUUAAGACACAUGCUGUACUAAUACUACCUUAUUAACAUAACGAAGAAAACACUCCCCAAAUGGGAUUAUAACCACAGGUAUAGGGGUUAGGAUUUACAGUGCACAUUUUAGGGGGACAGAACUCAAUCCAUAACAAGGCCUUUACCGUUUUUGGCUGUUAUAAAGAACGUUGCAGUGGCUGCCUCCUGCCUUUGAUACACUGACUUCUCUGCAGAUGUCUGAGGGUUCCUUGGGGAUGUGCAAAUUUAUUGUGACUUCAAGUAUGAUGCAUUUCAUAUUUUGAUAGAUUUUGGCAAGCUGUUCCUCUCCCUCACCCAAAACCAAAUACCAAACCUAAAACCCAUUGCCACUGAGUGGAUUCCAGCUCAUGGCAACCCUAUAGGACAGAGUAGAACUGAACUGCCCCGUAGGGUUUCCAUUGGAUUCAAACUGUUGACCUUUUGGUUAGCAGCCGUAGCUCUUAACCACUGCGCAAACAGGGCUUCAGAUUGCCUGUGAUUUAAGCAAAUCUUGGUAUUAAUCUUCAUCCUAUGUUCUUUGCAGAUUUUUUUAAAAAUCUGAGGAAAAUGGCAACUCUUUGUAUUUCCAUAUUCCAACUACUUGUGAGUCUGAGGACUGUUGACAUUCAGAGAUGUGACCAUAGAAUUCUCUCAAGAGGAGUGGGCAUGCCUGGACCCUGCUCAGAGGGCUUUGUAUAAGGACGUGAUGUUGGAGAACUACAGGAACCUGGUCUCCCUUGAUAUCUCUUCUAGAUGUAUGCUCCAGGAAUUAUCACCAAAUGAGAACAUUAAUAAAGAAGAUUUUUUCCAGGCAGUGAUGUUUGAGGGGCAUGAAAGUCAUAGUGUAGAGAAUUUUGAUUGUGGUGAAGCUCUAGAAUAUAUGCAUGAGUUUGAGAGUCAAUGGGGAUAUAAAGAAAUAAAGUAUGAAGGAGUGACUAUAUCGCAUAACAACAAUGUCACUGGUAGAGAAGACCAACAACAUAACAAAUCUUGGAAGAAUUUUCCUCUAAAGCAGAAUGUACCUCUAAGAAAAAGUGCGUGUCAGUAUUACAGAUACAGAAAUCAAUUUAUGAGAAAUUUAUUAAAACUAAAAAAUACCAUAGGCCAUAGAGAAAAGUACAUGAAAUAUUUUGAAAGUAAAAUUGGGUUAAGCUUUCAGUCAGAUCGGGCUGAACCACAGAGAAUUCAAACUGAAGAGAAAAUUUAUGGAUGCAGUCAAGUUGAGAAGUCUAUCAACAAUGGUUGCCCAGUUUUGUCAGUUCAAAGAAUUUCUCCUGGUAUUGAAUUCAAUAUUUGCGAUAAGUGUGGAGAGGUUUUUAAGGAUCCUUCAGUGCUUAUACAACACCAGAAUAUACACAUUAGAGAAAAGCCUUACAAGUGUAAUGAACACGGGAAGUCUUUCAAUCAAAGCUCAAAUCUCACUAAGCAUCGGAGAGUUCCUUCUGGGCUAAGACCUCAUGUAUGUAAUGAGUGUGGCAAAGCCUUUAAUUCCUUCUCAAGCUUAAUUAAACAUAAGAAAACUCAUACUGGAGAGAAACCAUAUACAUGUAAUGUAUGUGGCAAGGCCUUUAGGCUCAGGUCUGACCUGAGGAUUCACCAAAGAAUUCAUACUGGAGAAAAACCUUAUAAAUGUAAUGUAUGUGAUAAGGCUUUUAUCAGACGCUCACAACUUCUGGGUCAUGAGAGAAUUCAUACUGGAGAGAAACCAUACAAAUGUAAUGAGUGUGGCAAAGCCUUUACUCUGCAUUAUUCCCUUACUCGACAUCAGAGACUCCAUAAUGAAGUGAGUCUUUACAAAUGUAAUGAAUGUGGUAGGGCUUUUGUCACUCCUUCAUACCUUUGGUAUCAUGAGAAAAUUCACACUGGUGAGAAACCAUACAAAUGCAUUGAAUGUGACAAGGCGUUUAGGCAAUGGUAUGACCUCAGAAUGCACCAAAGAAUUCAUACUGGUGAGAAACCAUAUAAAUGUGUUGUGUGUACCAAGGCUUUUAGGCAACGGUAUGAUCUCAGGAUUCAUCAAAGAAUUCACACUGGAGAGAAACCUUACAAAUGUAAUGAAUGUGGCACAGCCUUUACCUAUUUUUCACACCUUACUAGACAUAAGAAAAUAUUUACUGAAACGGGGCAUUGUAAAUAUAAAUCUGUCAAUGCUUUUAUCCAUACUUCAAACCUUAGGGGUCAUGAAAUAAAUCAUAAUGAAGAGAAAACUCACAAAUGUAACGAGUGUGACAAAAACUUUAAUUCCUUCUCAAACUUCAUUAAACAGAAGAGAAUUCAUACUGGAGAGAAACCAUAUACAUGUAAUGUAUGUGGCAGGGCUUUUAGGUGCCUGUCUGAAAUCAGGACUCACCAAAGAAUUCAUACUGGAGAAAAGCCUUACAAAUGUAACAAGUGUGGUAAGGCUUUUAUCAGACAUUCUCAUCUUUGGAGCCAUGAGAGAAUUCAUACUGGAGAGAAGCCUUACAAAUGUAAUCAGUGUGGCAAAGCCUUUAGCCAUCUUUCAAACCUUACUAGACAUCAGAAAAUACAUUCUGAAAAGGAACAUUGUAAAUCUAUCUGUCAGUGCUUUUACCCAGAGUUCAAACACUGAGUAUCAUCAGAUAAUUCAUAGUGAGGAGAAACUUCACAAGUGUAAUGAGUGCGGCAGAGACUUUAGUUCCUUCUCAAACUUCAUUAAACAUAAGAGAAUCCAUACCAGAGAGAUACGAUGUAUGUGUAAUGUAUGUGGCAAGGUAUUUACUGGAAAUUCACACCCCGAGAUUCACCAGAGAAUUCAUACUGGAGAAAAACCUUACAGAUGUAACGUGUGCUAAGGCUUUUAUCACAUGCUCACAUCUUUUGGGUCAUGAGAGAAUUCAUACUGGAGAGAAGCCUUACAAAUGUAAUGAGUGUGGCAAAAGCUUUAGCCAUCUUUCAAGCCUUACUAGACAUCAGAAAAUACACACUGAAAUGGAAAUUUGUAAAUCUAAUAUACCUGUCAAUGCUUUUAUCCAAAGCCAAAACAUUGGGGAUCAUCAGAUAUUAUAGCAAGGAGAAACCUUACAGAUGUAAUGAGUGUGACAAAUCUUGCACCAUACAUUCAAAUCUUUCUAGUCAUAAGAGAAGCCAUACUGGAGAGAAACCUUACAAAUUCAAUAAGUGUGGCAAAACCUUUACACAUCUUGCAAACCUUACUAAACAUCACAAAAUGCAUAAUGAAAAAGGAACAUUGUCAAUUGUGUGUAUCUAUGCUUUUACCUAAAACUCAAGCCUUAGGAAUCAUAAUUCAUACUAGGGAGGGACCUUACAAAUGGAUGUGAUUUUAUCUAAUCAAGUGUUCACACCGUUGAAUGCAUACUGGAGAGAACCCUUUCAGCUGAUGACACUCAUCAGCGUGUCAUAAAUCAUUUAGCUGGUUUUCACAAUGGACUACACAUCAGAGAAUUCAUAGUGCAAGGAAUUAAGCAUCUAGUCCUUGAGGAUUAAUCAACUCAAGGUUUUAAAUUCAGCAGUGUAAUUAAAAGUCAAUGUUAUUUAAAAUCUAUGAGAUGAUAGGUGACAAAACUCACAAGGACAUCUGUAGAAAGGUCCAAAUAUUUUCAGUUUAGACAGUAUUUUUGUUCAACUAUUUCAGAGUUCUUGAAAUGAUUUAUUACUUUUGUUGACUUUCAGCCUGAUGUACAGAAUAUUUAUCAGAAGUCUUUUAUGUGUCAGCGUGAUGGUCUCUAGGAAGGGAUCAGUAAGGACACUGAAUUUAAGAUAUGGUGUAAAUUUGAAUGAGAAAAUGGGAAGAGCUGAAGGAUAGACAUAAGACUGUGUUCAGGUCCCUCUUCAGAUUUGCUGGUGUAAGAAAGGGUCGCUAUGAAUUACAGAAAAAGAUUGCUGUACCAGGUGACCAAGAAACAAAGCAGGUUAAGAGAAUUGAGAGACUGAGAUUUUCUUGAGAACACAAUGAGAGUUUACUAGGCACUACUAAUGUGGUAGAAAUAAUGGAGGAGAAAUGAUAUUCUCCCUCUCCUUUGAAAGCAGUAAUAUUUUUCCCCUCCUUGGCACCCCCACAGGAAUCAUUUGAAAAGAUGACUAUUUGUGAAUUUGCCUUAAGAAUGAGCAUACACAAUGUAGAUAAACUAGGAACUUUAUAUCUUUACUUCCCCAAACAUUUUCCUUUAAAUUCAGUUGUGAUCACUCCAGGGACAAAGUUUGGUUUGGAUGUUCAGAAUGAUGAUGUCACAUACCAAACGGGUAUGAGAAUGCUUAUUCCAUAUGAGUGGGGCAGGCUUCACAAGCUGGUGUGAAGUGGCUGGAGGGAUCAGCAAUACAAGACUGGCUUGUAUUUUUUUGGUGGUUAGGAGGUAGAGUUGGGGUGAGAGUACAUGUAUGUGGUUUGAACUUCCCACUAGCACCAGAAUGUAGGGAACAUUUCGGCUUUUUUAUCAGCUUGCCCCAAUUGGGGCAGAAGGAGAAGAGGAAGGGGCUGAGCCUUAAAAGCUGUCGGUAGUGAAACACCAAAAAGUGGAGUCAGAUUCUCUAGUACAAUACAGAAUGUUUUCUCUUGAAGCUCCACAAUUUCCUUCAUGCUAAUAGCUUGCUAGGAGUCCCUGUGUAGCACAAAUGUUUAAGCACUUGACUACUAACUGAAAGGAUGGCAAUUUGUAUACACCCAGAGGUACCUUGGAAGAAAGGCCUGGCACUCUACUUUCAAAACGGCACAGCCAUUGAAAAUCCUGUGGAGCACAGUUUUACUCUGAAACACGGAGUUACCAUGAGUGGGAAGACUCACUGGCAAUUGGUUUGUUUUUUAAUAUCUUCCUAUGUGCCCUUUCCUGCUGCAAACAUAGAAUCCUUGUACAAUAUGAUUUUUGAAAGUGAUUGUGGAAUCUACUUUGAUAAAAUGCCUAAUGUUUUUACAUUAGCUUCAUGAAAAUGUGUGGAAGUGCUUAUAAGGCAAAUAUGAUUUUACCUAAACAGCCAAUUUUCAAAGGCUUAAAAAUGUCAACUUGAGAUUACAGUAUUAAGCAGUAUGUUACAUGAUGCUUUUUCAAUCGUAGUAAAAUUCCUUUUCCUAAUAUAAAAUUUGUCCUGUUAUU